AUGGAUCCUCCCCUGGGUCCUCCUAUGUCUCCAGAUACCUGCAACGACCUUCCAGGACCUUAUUGGGUUGCCAUCAAAUACGUGCUGAAGGAUGAGGACCUCAGAUUUACCAGGAUUCCCGGCGAGACAGAGUUGCUCCCCGUCGAGGUGGCCCUGAUGCGCAUGGUGUCCAGGCCGCCCGCCAACCCGUACGUGCUGAAGCUCCUGGAGUGGUUCGACACGCCCGAGCGCUGCAUCCUGAUCCUGGAGCGGCCCGUCCCCUGCGUAGACCUCUACCAGCUGAUGCGCAAGAAGGGUAGGCUGAGGAUGCAGUUUGCCCGGCAUGUAAUGCGGCAGGUUGUCCUGGCGGUGCUCCACUGCCGGGAUCGCGGUGUCUUGCACAGGGACAUUAAGCGCCAGAAUGUCCUUCUGAACACGGAGACGCUGGAGGUGAAGCUGAUCGACUUCGGAUGCGGCGACCUGUUGAGGGACACUCCGUACUACACAUAUUCAGGUAACUGUGCACCAAUGAGGGACGGGUACUUUGGUUUGGACUUUGGUGGGGUGGUCCAGGGAGGGUAG